UUAAAUCGUGCUCACGAUUUGCUAUUCGUGCUCACGUUUUCUGUAAAUCGUGCUCACGUUUUGCUAUUCGUGCUCACGUUUUCUUUAAAUCGUGCUCACGAUUUGCUAUUCGUGCUCACGUUUUCUCUAAAUCGUGCUCACGUUUUGCUAUUCGUGCUCACGUUUUAUUUUAAUUCGAGCAAACGGUUUGAAUGCACAUUUUGAAAAAAAAACUUUCCAGACAUGCUUUCCUCCUGCACACAAGACGGCUAACUGACCCCUGAAUGUGGUCUGUUUUGUUAUAAUGGACAGAGAUUCGCUUAUUCGAUUUUAUUUUGACUUGAAUAUGCCUUAUUAUGACAUUGUAUCUUCGCUUGCACAGCAAGGCAUCUCAAUCAGCAAACGGCAGCUGAAGCGGUUUCUUCGGGUCAGUGAUCUCUAUCGACGGCGGUAUGACAAUAUAGAAGAGGUCAUUGAUUUUAUAAUUGAUCAACUGCAAGGUUCUGGUAGAAUGCAUGGGUACCGGUGGAUGUACACUAAGUGUGUCAGAAGAGGCAUACGGGUCAGGAAAGAAGAUGUGAGGAUUCUUUUGGCUCUUCUCGACCCCGUAAGCUCUCAAGCUCGCCAAAGACGUCGUCUUAGUCGAAGACUGUAUUUCUCUGAGGGUCCUAAUUUCAUAUGGCAUGUUGAUUCAUACGACAAACUCAAACCAUAUGGGAUAUGCAUUAAUGGAUGUAUCGAUGGAUUCUCUCGAAGGAUUAUUUGGUUGAAGGCAUCCUAUACCAACAGCAACUCCAAAGUUAUUGGAGGAUUUUUUGUGGAGGCAAUAGAGCGUUUUGGAGGUUGCCCGCGGCUUGUACGCGCGGAUAUGGGCACAGAGAACGUGACAAUAAAGGAUAUCCAGAUGUAUCUGCGGCGAAACAAUGAGGAUGACAGAGCUGGUAAUGCAAGCUACAUCACAGGAACAAGCACAGCAAACCAACGAAUUGAGAGCUGGUGGGGACAGAUGCGGAAGGCGGGCGUAGAGCACUGGAUCCAACUGUUCGGGGAACUUAAGGAUGAAGGACUGUUCAGCGGGGAUUUCUUGGACAAAGCUCUGGUGCAGUUUUGCUUUAUGGCAAUAAUUCAGGAAGAGCUCGACCAGAUUUCUGAUGUUUGGAAUGCCCACCGUAUUCGACCUUCCAGAAACACAAAUGUACCAAGUGGGAUUCCUAAUGUCAUGCACCUUGCACCACAUCUGUGGAAUACUGAAGACCUUCUUGUUCCAGUUUGUGAAGAUGAACUGGUCACUUGCAAAGAAUGUUGCCAGUUUUUGACCUCAGUUACAUGUGAUGGAGACGUGUUUGACCUGUGUUCCUUAUUUUUAGAGGACUCAAGAUUAGCUUUUCCAGUCACGGAAUCACAAGCACUGGACUUGUAUUUGUCUUUGAAGGACUGGGUACAUGCCCAAUUACAAGAUCCAUAACUUCCAUAUCGUGUUAGUAAAGAUCAGUAGAUCCUAUAACAUCCCUACGUAGUGUAUAUAGGGAGAGACUAGAACACUGACAAGAAACACUUCUGUCAUGGUUUUAACUGCUAAAAAAUAUAAAGAAGUACCAUGAGACUAUAAAUACACAGUGUCAAUGUUUUUUGUUAACAUUUUGUAACAAUUUUUAUUUGAGACAAAUGAUGUCAGUUGACAUACAAAGGUACAAUACAGAUGCAAUGAACAAUGCAAUGAACAAUGUUUCACUGAACACAACAAGGUACAACAAUUUAAAUGUUCUUAGAGAAAACAGACUUAGUAUGAAUCUCUGGAUGUGCAACACUGCAGAGACAAA